AGUAUCACAGGGAGUAGCUCAGGCAUUGGGCGCGCUACGGCCAUCGAGUGCGCGCGCCAUGGCGCCAGGCUCGUUCUACACCACAUUGGAGACGAGCAAUCACGACAAGAUAUCAAAACACUGCAACAUAUCAUAUCUUCUGAUCGAAGUGAGGUUCAGACCUCUGGGCAGAGAGCAGUCGAGAUUGCGCUGGACAUACGAGAUGUCGAUGCUGGGCAGCGUCUUGUCGAUAAGGCCAUCUGCUCGUUCGGCAAGCUUGAUUCCAUCGUGCACAAUGCGGGUAUCUGUCAGUUCUCAGACUUCAUGGCUGUGACACAGGAGCAGCAGGAACGACAUAUGGCGAUCAAUUACACAGCUGCCUUCCGCAUCACGCAGAGUGUAGUAGAGCACAUGAUAUCCCAAGGAAAGGGAGGGUCUGUGGUCAACAUCGCGUCUGUGACCGCGACGGCAGGCUCGUCACAGCUUGUGCACUAUGCGGCAUCCAAGGCCGCCCUGCUCGGGAUGACAGUGAGCAGUGCGGUGGCAUUGGGCAAGUAUGGCAUAAGAGUCAACGCGGUGAGCCCGGGAACGAUUGAGACAGCAAUGAAUAGGGACGAUCUGAGUGGUGCAAAGAAGAGUGUUAUGGAGCAAAGGGUGCCAUUGGGACGACUCGGGAAACCGGACGAUGUUGCACGGGCUGUCGUGUUUUUUGUGAGUAGCUUGUCAGAGUAUGUCUCGGGGCAGAAUUUGAUAGUUGAUGGCGCUGCUACAAUAAGCUAUCAGUGA